CGACCUAAACUGAAACGAACCGAACUGAAACCGAAAAACCGAACCGAAAACCGAUAUGCUCAGCCCUAGAAUCACAUACUCCCUCCGUUCCUAAAAAUUCUUCCCGGUUUGAAUUGGCACGCCUAUUAAGAAAGUGGAAUAAAGUGGAAAUGUGUGGUUGUGGUUGUGUGAGAAAAAAGGUUAAAUGAAUUUGAGCCACACAAAUUGUCUAAAAAGGGAAAGUGGGAAGAAUUUUUGGGAACGGACCAAAAAGGAAAGUGAGAAAUAUUUUUGGGAACGGAGGAUAGAGUAUAUAAAUCACUUGUGAAGUUGUGAGUUGAGAACAUCGUCCGGUUCAAUCCCCAACCCUGCGGUACCAAUCCGUUUAAUCGUUACGGACAAAAGCAAAGAAAAGAGAAAAGACCAGAGCUAGCAAGAGAUCGAUUAUCUCAGAUCCCAAUCCGCUCAAAAGAUCUGAACAAUGUCUUCGACCUUCAGCGGCGAUGAGACUGCUCCAUUCUUCGGUUUCCUCGGCGCCGCUGCCGCUUUGGUCUUCUCCUGCAUGGGGGCAGCUUACGGAACAGCGAAGAGUGGGGUUGGAGUGGCGUCGAUGGGUGUGAUGAGGCCGGAGCUGGUGAUGAAAUCAAUCGUCCCGGUUGUCAUGGCUGGUGUGCUAGGUAUUUAUGGAUUGAUCAUUGCUGUCAUCAUCAGUACCGGAAUUAACCCUAAAACCAAAUCCUACUACCUGUUCGAUGGGUACGCUCACCUGUCUUCCGGUCUGGCUUGUGGCCUUGCUGGCCUAUCUGCUGGAAUGGCCAUUGGAAUUGUUGGAGAUGCCGGUGUCAGGGCUAACGCACAGCAGCCCAAGCUAUUUGUUGGGAUGAUCCUUAUUCUUAUUUUUGCUGAAGCUUUAGCACUUUAUGGUCUCAUUGUUGGCAUUAUCUUGUCUUCUAGAGCUGGCCAGUCCAGAGCAGAUUAAAAAGCAAAACUGUGGGUAACAACUACUACAUUAUUGUAAGUUGUGUGUUACACUUUGGAAGAAAAGAAAGACACCAUUUUCUUAAAAGUUCAGAAACUUCAGAUGUUCCAGGGUGGUCUUCAUUCUUUGACUCUCAUUCCUUUUCCCUCGGUUAUUUGUUUGUUUCCUUUUCUUAUUCUGUGCUCAUAACUUAAUAAGUAGUUUGCUUGUACUGAUAAUUAGUAUUACGUACUUAGUUUUGUGCUGAAUAAGAGUUCUUGAAUGUGUUCAUCUCUAAAUUUUGCCCAUUUGUGUGAUGACUUUUAAUGUUCGUGCAUUAUAACGUGUUUUUUUUCUCUCUCUCUCUCUCAA